AGAGAGAGAGAGAGAGAGAGAGAGAGAGAGAGAGAGAGAGAGAAUAGUACGGAGAGCAGGGGCAUUAUUUAGCCAUGGGGAAGAAGGGGCGAGAGGAUAGGAGGCGGCGGCAGUGUCGGUCAGACCUGGUGCCUGAUGAAGAUGGAGGAGACUACGGGGAUGGCAGACGAGCGAGUGAUGAGGAGCAAGUGCAUCAGUCACAAGGCAAGAAGAAUGUCCAUCAUUCUGCACAGGUUCAUGACUCCCACCAUCAGAAAGGGAGGCACCACAGCGAGAAUGAUAGUGGAGGUCACAGACCUGAGGCAGCUGAGGGUGGCUGGAAUCAUCAGAGCAUGGAAUGCGAUCAUGAGUGGCAUGACAUACAAAGAGAACAAGCCCAUGAGAAUGGACCAGAUGGUAGCAAGUUCUAUGGAGGAAGAGUCGACUCAGAUACACAGACAUAUUUUCUAGAGGUAGGUACACUCAUUGGCCCGUCGGGGGCCAUCGAAGACGAAGAGGAGCAGCGGGCAGUGUGUGCAAAAUCCCUGGAAGAGACGAAGGGCUCAGAACUUGUUGUGGCGUGUGACCCGCACUGCAGCCGAGUAUUGGAGCUUGUACUUUCGUAUGUCGAACCAACGGAUCUUGUUGAAUUCGGACACCGUGCCGAGUUGAGAAGGGGCCAGCCGCAUUCACAGCUGUUAGCCGAGGAGCCUGCUUUGCAAUCUGGAUGGGUGCAGAUGUCCUUGAACGCAUGCUCUUCCCAUGUUGUCGAGAGCUUCUUACGAGCACUCGUGUCAUCCAUAUCGAAGAUGUCACGGACAGCUAAGGCCGAGGAGAAGCGAAAGGCAGAGAACCAUAAGGCAAACCUUCUUGCUGUGCUGGAGCUCUUGUGCAACAAGUUCGGAGAGGCCUCUCAAUGGCUCAUCAGCAACAAGUACGGCUCGCACGUGUUGAGGACGAUGAUGCAGCUGUUGAUGGGUGAGAAUAGCGACAGGGACGGUGACGCCCAUGGGCAUGGCGGGAAGGGGAAAGAGAGCUCCUUUGCUGGCCUGGCAGCUAAACUUCUCCAUGUGCAGAAAGGCGCGGCACAUACACGAGCAAAGAUACCUUACCCCUUGCUUCUCAAAGCACUAGUAAAGAAGAUCAUUCAGAAGAUCACUCCGAAGAUCGACUCUCUGUGCAUGGAUGUGUACGCAGCACCUGCCAUGCGAGUUUUGCUGUUCGCAGUCGAUGCGGUCUCCAGCAGUCCUAACGCACCGGGUGCUGGUGUCGAGGAGGGCGACAACGAGUUGACGUCAGUUCUCCAUGUUGUUGUUCUUAUUCUGAGCCGUGGGUCACAGGAGCACCUCUCCAGCUCUGUAGAGGGGCGGCAAUUGGAAGGAACGGAUGCAGAUCCUGUUCGAGAUAUGGUGCGAGGUCCGUCUGGCAGUCAUGUGGUGGAGGCCAUCUUGAGGUUGGUGUCAGACUCUGUCUUCUUGGAAAUCUUCCUUCGUUUCUUCCGCGGGCACUUGGCCUCGCUUGCCCUUCAUCCUCGUGCGAACUUUGUGGUACAGACACUGAUUGCAUGCGCAAGACACUCAGGACAAGUGAGCAUGAUGAUGGAAGAACUCGAGAGCCGUUUUGGCGAACUGCUUUUGCAUCGGCGCGCAGGGGUCGUUGCAGCAUUGCUGGCUGCUUGUGGGCGGUAUCGCGUGAAGCAGCGGGAGGCUUGCAAAGCACUCUCACAGGCACUCAGCAAGGCAGAUCUGUCUGUGUUUCCGUGCUCAAUACCUCCAUCUCUCGCUGCUUUGGCAUCCAAUGAUUUGAUCAUGAAACUCCUCUGGUAUGGCGAUUGCAACUAUGACGGAGGAGGUUGGAAGGGAAAGAAGAAGAAGAAGAAAAAGAAGAUGUCAAGGAAGCGAAUGGGUGACGAUUAUGAUGCGGAAGAUGAGGGUGGCCUCUCUGGAGGAUGGGAAGAUCUCCCGCGCAUGUCAGUGAUGGGCUCUGUCAUCCUGCAAUCUGUAUUUCAGUGUCCACCGGAGUGUUGUCAGGUGUUCUUGGAUGCAGUCGGGCGGCUAGGGCCUGAUGUCUUGAACGCGGCAGCACGUGAUCCUGGAGGGAGCAGAGUGCUGGAAGCGUACCUCAGGAGUGGAGCACCACAGAAAUCGAAAGGGAAAGUCAUUGCGAAAUUGAAAGGUCGUUUUGGAGAGUUGGCAGCAGUCCCGGCGGGCUCUCACUUCGUGGAGCGGUGCUAUUUCACUGGCGAUAUGAAGCAGAAGGAGAUGAUCGCUGCGGAGCUUGCACAUGUACAGUCUGAGCUCAGUCGGACAUCGUUCGGUAGCAUUCUGCUGAGCAAGUGCAGUGCUCAGGAGUAUGCAGCGCAACCACAGGGCUGGCACGCACAUCAGGCGGCCAAGGAAAAGUCUCGCCAGGCCUUUGUCGACCUUUUCCGGUCGGAUGGGGAUGCCGUUCCUGAAGGAACAGGACAUGAGAUGCAGCAGGCAGGGGAUGCCCAAGGAGAGGAUGAUGUUGUGAAGCCAUCGUCAAGGCCAUUGCAGGAGGGUAAGAGUGGGAGUAAAAGGAAGAGAGAUGGUGUUGAUAUGCCUGGAGACGGCGUGUCAACGAGACAGGUUUCAGCUUUGGACGAAGAUCCCGCGCUCCAGGAAGUCAUGAGUAAGCUUGGAGCAAAGAGUAAACAUUUCAAACAGUCAACCUCACAGCCAGCAUCGGCCAUCGAGGAGAGGAGUAGCAAGGGCCAGGAUGCUGUAGGCAGAUCGAGGAAGGGUGGAGGGAAAGCUGAGGGGAAGCAUCGUGACGAGGAUGGUGGAAAUGAGGAGGUUGAUGAUAUUCGGCAAGCAGUUGAUGAGAUGGAGAGACCAGCAUCUCGCAAAGACGAGAUUGACACACUCUUCUCAAGAAAGCAUGCGAGAAAGAGGCUUCGGGAAGAUGCCAACGAGUCUAUGAAGGAAGGUGAUGGUAAUACUGGCCAGGCAACAACUUCGAGCAGGACAAGCGAGCACCAGAGUGCAACGAAGAAACACAAAAAGAAGAAGGAUAGGAGUGCGCCGCCGCAGAGCGCAGAGCGAGUAUCCAAGGAGGGAGCAAGGGAAGAGGAAGGGAUAGAGGCGAAGGAAACAGCCAGGGAAGGUACUGUCAUUGACUCCUCGAUGAACAAGAUUUUGUCUGCUAUUGAGAGCUUGAAGGGGCCCAAAAAGCGUAGCAAAGAUACCUCGACAAAGGACGAAAAGGCAUCUCCAUCGAAGAAGAGAAAACCACAGUUUGUGAUGUCGUAGGAGAGAUGCACACACAGCCCAACUGUUCAAGGAGGAUUGAUACCAUUGGUUUGAACAUAGUCGAUCUCGAGUUAAUGUUUCUUUUCCGCUCCGGAUGAUGCAUUGCUGUUCCUUACUGUUGUUUCUUACCUCGCAAGGAUUGGAUUUGGUUCACCGCGUCUUUUCUGUGGCGUAUAAAUGAUGUCCCACCAAAGU